UAGCAAACAUCAUAUUAGACACCAUUUAGAUCGUACUAAUGUUGCCAUUUACCAAAGGAUAACAUCUCGGCUAAAUUAAAUCUUCUGUGAUGAUUUGUCAAUAUCAGAAAUUUGCCAUGAAAUCUGAAACUAGGCCAAAGUGACACGGGAAGGAAUAAAGUUACAAAAAUUGCUAUCUUUAAAACGUCUGAUCAUUCCGAUAAGAUCUUUUACUGUUACUAAACUAACAAGAAAGAAAAACAAAACAGCUACGAUGCAAAUUAAGAUUACACUAAGCAUGAUUUUCCUGUUAAAAGACUUCUACUUUUACGGAAUAAAAUACGGAGAAUGCUUUCCCAUUUGGUGAGAUGGCUUUCUCGUGAAUGUAGAUAACUUUUCGUUGAAAUAAAAUACUUAAAAAAUCGUUUGCGAUCAUGGAUUAUUAUCAAGGAAAAAAUCGUCGCUGGGACUCAUUUCUGAAACGGAGGCAUACCGUGACUUUGUUAGGUUUCCUAUGCUCCGUUGUCAUGCAUUCCCAGAGGUUGAACCUCAGCAUAGCCAUGGUGGCAAUGGUGAACUCAACAAGCAUACUCACUACCUCUUCCCACCGGAAUUCGACUGAAUGUCCCUUACCACAGAAAGAACAUGCCACUUUAGAAACUCAUCGUACUGGUGAAUUUGUAUGGGAUCCUGAACUUCAAGGUCAUAUCCUAGGAGCUGGAUUUCUAGGGUACCUUCUUGCACAGAUUCCAGGAGGUCUACUUGCUGGACGUUUUGGCACCAAACCCAUUCUUCUCAUAGGACUUUUUGCAGCUUCGAUAUGCAACUUGCUGUCACCUGUUGCUGCGCAGCAACAUGCCUAUUUACUGGCUGUCAUUCAUUUAAUACGAGGAAUGGGGCAGGGUCUUCAGCAGCCCUCGAUGAGUGUCCUAAUGGCCAAAUGGUUUCCUCGAAACGAAAGAGGAUUCUUGUCUGCUUUCAUUUACUGCGGUUAUCCUCUAGGAGCAUUCAUUGCAAGUUUGAUAUCUGGAGCUUUGUGCGACUUGGAAUUCUUGGGAGGAUGGCCCUUGGUGUUUUAUACAUUUGGCUUGCUGGGUGUAUUCGUCGGUUUUCUCAUGGUUUUCUUCUUUUUCGAACAACCAUCGGAUGAUCCAAAUAUAACACCAUCUGAACUUCAACAUAUAAUACAAAAUCAAGACAAUUCUUCUGUUGCUGCAAGGCCUCCUACACCUUGGAAAGGAAUAUUGUUUUCUGUGCCCACCUAUGCUCUAGUCCUUGCUUUAUUUGGGCAGUACUGGAUGGCUUUCUACUUUUUAUCUGUACAUCCAACUUACAUGGGAACUAUUCUUAACAUUCCUAUCAAAGAGAAUGGAAUACUGUCUUCUGGCCCAUUUGUCGCCCAAGCUUUUACUGGUUUCUUUGCCUGUUGGCUGGCUUUCUGGUUAACAAAAAACAAAAGCAUUAAAAUCAAUACCCUUCGAAAAGGAGCAAAUACACUCAGUUGCAUCUUAUUUACCAUUGGAACAAUUGGUGUAUAUUUAUCAGGCUGUGACACUAUGUGGAAUGAGAUAUGUCUCUUCAUCGCUACAGCUAGCAUAGGCUUCGGAUUUGCUGGUUGUCUUAUCACGGCAGUGGAUAUGUCACCAACAUACUGUGGUGUGUUGAUGGGAUUUGCGAGCACUUUGGCAAGCUUUUCUGGAUUUGCCAUUCCAAUGACUAUGGGAGCUCUCACCAAACAUGAGCAAACAUUAGCCCAAUGGGGAAAAAUGUUUCUAAUCACAGCUGGUGUUGGAGCUGGAAGUGGUAUUGUAUUCCUCACAUUAGGAUCGACUGACAUCCAACCAUGGGAUCCAUGCUCUUCAAAGGACGUCAAUAUGAAUAGCUCUGAAAAACCACAAGACAAAUCAUUGCCAAUGGAUUCAGUAGAAAUUCAAUUAAAAACGCAAAAAUUGUGAGAAAGUGCGAGUAUGCGGGAUUUUUCAUCGAACUUUUAAACCUUACCAUGUGCCUUAUUUUGUUUUGUCUGUGCUGUAGAUUUGUGUGUGUGUGUUUUCACAUAUUUAUAAUUUACAUUUUCCUGUUUUUGUAAAUAAAUUAUUUAUAGAA